CUUAUACAAGAUCCUACUUGCUCGCAAGGGCAUUGACCCAAAAACAUACGCUGUAAUAUGACGUCAUUAUUGUAGACGAAGAUGGCCGCCGAAUUUUUUCGUGAACGCAUUUGAUGCAAUGUCCAGGACGCCAAAGGACAGAAUGCCAGGUGGAUCUCAGAGAGAUCAAAUGAAUGUUUAUAAGAGAGUGCGCCCUCAAAGUCCGUUGCCUCGCUUUGUAUUUGCUCCACGUGAAACGCAACACUAUGCUGUCAGGGAUACUCCUUAUGCCAGCCUGUAUGGGGCUCAUGGACAUCAAGAUUUGCGCCAACAGGAAUACAACUCAUGGGAUCACAGAGAUUCCCAGUAUGGUGCUCCAAUGAAUCGAAGACGUCCAUCGCUGUUAUCAGAAUUUCAUGGACAUCAAACAGCUGAUAGGACUGCAGAAUAUUACCACCAACAUGAUUUUGGUGCAAAUCAACUGGGAGUUGCUGCACAUCAUGAGCCACCUGAGGUCAUAGCAAAGCGCCCUCGUUUGAAUGACCCUGAAGUUGAAGCUAAACCAAUUCGUAUACUACACCAGCCUACAGAUCAACCUCAAGUACAACCAGUUGAGAUCAAAAAGGAACCUCCAUUUAUUCCCAAAGUGGAAAAUAUUUCACCAACACCCUGUGACCAAGAAACGGCAUCAAAACUUUCAAAAGAUGAUUUGUUGGCAUGUAUGGAGAAAGUUGAUAGGGAAAUAUCACGAGUAGAAUCACAGAUAGCUAAUCUGAAAAAGAAGCAGGAUGAACUUGAGAAGAGGGCAGCAAAGCCAGCUGAUACGGACAAGGAAGCCUCUAAUGACGUCAGUAGUUCUGAACCCAAACAACAGAAUGUCAUUCAGAUGAUAUAUGCUGAAAACAGGAGAAAAGCUGAAGAAUCUCAUAAUUUGUUGUCUAAUUUUGGGCCCAAAAAUGAUCUGCCUCUAUAUAACCAACCAUCUGACAGUGCCCAAUAUCAAGAGAAUAUUCAAACGCAUCUUGCAAUGAGGAAAAAGUUAAUCCUAUUUUUCAAAUGUAGAAACACAACAAGAAAAUUAAGGGAACAAUCCCUGUGUGAAAAGUAUGACAAGCUUAUGGAUUCCUGGGAAAAGAGAAUGGAUCGCUUGGAAAACAAUGCAAAGAGAAAGGGCAAGGAUGCAAAAGCCAGGGAAUACUUUGAAAAGCAAUUUCCUGAAAUUCGGAAACAGAGGGAGCAACAAGAACGUUUUUCAAGAGCAGGAAGCAGGAGCACUUGGGGAAACAUUGCCAGGAGUGAUGCUGAACUUGCUGAAAUUGUUGAUGGUUUAAAUGAAGCAGAGGCAAACGAUAGGCAUAUUAGAAGCCUUGCUGUUGUACCUCCAAUGCUUUUUGAUGAUCAUCAACGUAGGAUUAAAUUCAUCAAUAAAAAUGGCAUAGUGGAAGACCCAAUGAAAGAACAUAAAGAAAAACUGUUAUACAACACAUGGUCUGAUGAAGAAAAAGAAAUAUUCAAGGAUAAAUUCUUGCAGCAUCCCAAGAACUUCCUCAUCAUUGCCUCAUUUUUAGAAAAGAAGAGUGUUGCUGACUGCGUUCUGCAUUAUUAUCAAACCAAGAAAAAAGACAAUUACAAAUUAAUCCUUCGGAAAAACCAAGCUAAGAAAAGUCGUGGAAGUAGGUUUCCACCCAAGACAAGUAUUCCUCGAAAUCAGGAUGAUGAAGACAGAGAGGAUAAGGAUGAAGAUCCGAAACAACCACCAACGAGAAGUAGAACAAAGGAGCGUGAAGAAAAUGCUGAAAAGGAAAAGGAAGAAGAAAAGGAGAAAGAAAAAGAGAAAGAGAAGGAGAAGGAAGAAGAAGAAUCUAAAGUAAAAGAUGAGCAAGUAGAAGCUGAACCAGAGGCAGCAGUUGUAAAUAAACCCACAGAAGAAGGAGAGGCAUUGCAGUGUUCAGUGUGCAAGAAUUCGUUAGAUGGUAGUUUAAGUAGACCUGUCACCCAUAACAACUGUAGUCUCUUUGGUAUUGAUAAGUUGGAGGUUGUUCCAAAUAUGAGAGUUUGCAGUAAAUGUAGAUGCCGGUCAAUAAGAAGAAGGUGUCCAAUACCAACAUGCAAAACACCAAAAAGAAAAGUACGAAAAUUGAAACUUCUACCAGCAAAGUGGUCAGAAAUUACAGAAGAACAAAGAAAAAGUAUAGCUGAAGAAAUAGGUAUAAGUGAAGAGAUCCCUAAAUGUUGUGCUAAUUGUUUCAAUCGCAUAGCUCGAAAACUUGGGACUGAUGGAACUGAAAUGGAAAUAUCAACCACCUCAGAAAAGACAUCUGAUAAUGAUGCAACUGAAGUCUCCUUAAGGUGGACUGAAGAUGAGAUGGCCACUGCAAAGAAAGGUCUGAUGCAACAUGGCCGGGACUGGACUGCUAUUUCUAAAUUGGUUGGUUCUAAGACUGAAGCCCAAUGUCGCAACUUUUAUUCUAACUACAAGAAAAAACUUAAUCUUGAAGAAAUAUUGGAAGAACACCACAGACAUAGAGUGGACAGCGAGAAGACAGUGUCAGCAGGGAGUGUUGCCACAUCUGAUGAUGAGUCUGAUAUUGAUAGUGAUAUGGAUUGUAGUACAGACACUGCCAGUGCAAGUGAAAGUGAAGACACUUCUUUUCAAAGUAACAAUAAACAAAUUAAUAAAAUAGAAAAUCCUGAAGGAAAGACUAGUGAGAGUCCAGAAGCAAAUGCUGAAGACAAACCACAGAACAAUGUAAAAGUAAAUGAUAUCAAGAUAGAAGUAAAAUCUGAAGAGACAAAUGUGGAAGUGGGACCUGUAGAUAUUGUUAAUGUUGAUAUGAAGCGAGAAGAUGACGAUUCUAGCGCUACAUGUAGCGCUGACGAGGCUCCACAUGCUGCAGAUCUAUUUGACAAAACAUGUGAAAGACCUAUGGAGAAAGCAAGUGACACUAGCAGAGUGACAUCUAGUGCAGAUAAACCAUUUAGCAAUCACAAGCAAGAGGAUGCUGUUAAGGCAACGGAGGUUGCGGAUCAACCAAGUAGUACAAAUACUAGUUAUCAGGAUAAUAUGAACAGAUUUAAUAUUAGGGACCUGAUCAACUCAGCCAUUGAUAAGCACCUUGCAAAACCUACCCCAAGCCAAUCAAGUGAACCUUCAUCAAAAGACCCAAUUUCUCUGACAAGUAAAAGCCACAUAGCCAAAGACAUCAAACCCUCCCACACAUUGGUAGCAAACAUGGAAUCAAAAUCUAACCAUAUCGAUAAACGUGAGAGACAAACACCAGAUAGACGUACCCCUAACCGGCCAGAUUCCAGGGAGUCUGUGGUGAAGAUGAGACCUGUAUCAAGAUCUGAGCAUUCUCCUGGGUUUGCAUCUCCACAUAUAAUUCAUACGUCACAGCAUCAACAGAGACAUGAACAUUAUGAGCGCCCUCCACCUGUACAUAUGGACGAUGCACUUGCACGGCAACAGUUUGCAUAUUAUGGUCAUGCAGGUUUCCCAGGCUAUCCAGGUUAUGACUCAGUGUUGGAAAGAGCACAUUUAUCCUCCACUGCAAACAGUAUCGAUGCAUACAAUAGAAACCCUAGAACAUUUGUAUCUAAGAAGGAAUCGCCGUACCCAUUAAUACCGUCAUCUCUGGCUACACAGGAUAGAGCGUUAUUAUUAAGCCAGGCUAGAGCAACGCCGAUAGGAAUGCCUAAAGCUUCCAUGCCACCUCCACCACCUUUGAAGCCUAGUAAAUCACCUAAGCCUAUUAAGGAUGAAAAAGUCUCUCCAACAAUGCACAUGGCACAUGCUGUCCCGGGAUCAAUUACUCAUGGUACACCUAACAACUACCCCAGGUCUUCUCCAUCACCGAAUAGGAUUUCUAAAGGAACAACUGGAAGAUAUGAUGCCCAUAUGAUGCAGCCUCGUCACCAGCUAUCUCCCAACCAGCACGCAGGUGGGUCAAUCACACAUGGUACACCCAUUGGGACAAAGGAGGCAACUGGGAUACCAGUAGGCUCCAUUACGAGAGGCAUACCCAUCAAGCAAGAACCAAGAGGGAACCAUUAUGGUGGCCAUGAUGGCCAGCGACAUCUGCCAAGUGGGUUUGAACAAGGACCUCAUCACAGGGAAGCAAGUGCAAGCAUGUAUGAAGGCAACUUAAGAGGAGCUCAGCGACGAGACAGCCCUGUUACAAAGACGUUCGAUGGAAGAAGUGUCUAUGACCCUCAUGCAAAAGGAGUGGGAGAUGGUCACAGCAUGUAUGUUCAUUAUCCACAUGUGCCACAAGAAGUGCCACUAGCCACUAGAGGACAGUUUGAAAGCAGCUCAAAAGAAACUCUAGCAGGAGACUUUCUGACUGCUAAGCAGAUGAGGCAUUUUCAACCACCAAGUAGUGGUCCCUCUAAAGACCGUCCAGCUUCACCCCCAAGAGCACCCCAAACACCUACCAAGCCUUAUUCUCCACUUGAGGCUGCACAUUUAUCACCACAUAUGCUGUACCCACACCAGGGUGGUUUGAUGUAUAUAUCAACAGCAUACCUACCCCACAUGCCUGCACAGUACAUACCAAUUUCCCACCCAUCUUCCUCCCAUGGUCUACCCCCACAUCCUCACACUACAUUACCACAUAUUCAGCAACCUCCUGAUACUAGGCCUCAACAGGUGCCAUCACCAGCCCAGCACCGUGAGAUGUAUAUGGAAUACCCUGGUGGAGUACCUAGGCAUUGGCCAGGCAUGACUCCACAUGAUCAUGCAAGAUUAAGCGGCUCUGGAAGGGGUGCUAGUCCAGGGGCACCAUCACAAGUUAGAAUACCAGUCCACGGCCCACCAAUGGGUAGCAUCAUGCAGGGGACACCAAUUCGAGGGCCUAGCAUUAUGACAGGGACACCGAAUCCUGAACUGAAGGCAGCAGCCAAAGUGAGCGCAGAUAGUAGUAGCGGGAAUCGCGGAAACAAGUCUGCUGCAGCCCCUACUGGUACUGAGGCAUUCCAAGCUCUCAUCAUAAGUCGUGCUACUUCAUCUGGGGAAGAGAGGCAGAAUGAAGAUAAGCCAUCAGGAACAAAAAGUGUAAAGACAGAAAGAGCAGAUGCAAAUUCAAGUGAGCCUCACUUCCCACCCCAUCAUCGGCGCCCAGUUGCCAAGGUUGAGCCAUCUACACGGAACCAAUCACCUAACAAUAAACAGAGGGUUGAGUCUGCCAGGGAAAACAAACCAGACUCUUCAUCUGAGGAGAGUUCUUCACAAAGAGACAGGAAAAAGAAAAGUGAUUUUUCAGCAAUUCUUGCUGCUUUAUUUACACAUGAUAAGCAAAAUAAAGACAACAAGGAACCUGGAGAGGAUGGAUCAUCUGGAGGUACACCAAUCACAGCUGCUAAUUUGAUUGAAGUCAUUAUAAACCGUUCAAUCAAUCAGCAGCAACCUGAUCAGGAUGAAUUAGAAUGUACCAAAAAAUCCCGCCCAGAAUCUUCCGGCAGUAAAAAUAGAGCGGACAAUGAUAGACCAGCAGUAGGAUCUUCAAGUGGAGAUGUUAAGAAGCCUUGCACUGCAGUCUCUUGCCCUGAUUCUUCUCAAGUGACACUCUCUGAACAUAUAGAGUCAAUUAUUUCUCAUUGUGCAUCUCCGGCUGCAUCAUCUGAUGUAGUUUCGCAAGGCAACUCACCAAAUCCAUCUUGUCUCAGAGACCUUUCUACAGCUGUGGAUACUACCACGGCACCGUCACCCAGUAAAGCUUUAUUUGAGGCAAGUUCAAGCACUGGUUCUAAGGAGAAUUCAAGAAGUAUGAAUGAAGCUGAAGCUACAUCUACAUCACAGAUUCCAUACAAAGUGAGUCAAAUGUCUAUGCACUUUACUGAACUCUUGCGUAACACUCUUACCAGCUCAUCACCUACUUCAGAAAGUUCACACUCCAGCACCAGGAAAACAUCUCCUGGUAGGAGGUUUUUAGGAGACAUGCCCCCUAGUGGGUGUUUAACACCUGAUAGUCGCACAAAUCUAAAACAAGAUGGGUUUGGUGGUGGUAGGGGUGUAUCUCCUAGCUCAUCAUCAGCUUUACAUAGGCAGGCAGGAAAGUCUCCUGAUUGUCCCCUUGUUGAGAGUAGCCAAGAUAUGGUGCUAAAGACCAGAGCCUUUGGCUCCGACACAGAACCUAUUUCACCUAGAAAACAUGACAGACCUCCAGAGGGUAAUUUACAGCAGGGGAAACCCUCCCAUUUAUCAUCUCCUCGGAGCUAUCCAACAGAGAUGAUGGGUCAUGCUUCCUCAACUGGUGGUGGAUCUAGGGCAGGCCAUUCACCCUCAAGGAAAGAAUUAGUCGAGAAUCAAGCCAGGACAACAGUUUUUCAGGGUAGAAAUUGUAGCCCAACAGCAGACAGCCCUAAACCUAGCUCAGUGUCCACAGUAAGCCCUAGGAGUCCAUCUGUUGGGAGUCAAAAUCGCUCUCCAGCUAGAACACUUGCUAAGCCUGUAGUUAUAAAUAAUGUUCCUCUGCGGAUGAGCACCAACAACUCUAAUAACACAUUGUCAUUUCAUUUUGAUCUGCAGCAGGCUAUGGACCAUGUGAUUGAUGCUCAAUUACGACAUGACAAUAAACAAAUAAGAAUGGAUGAGUAUGUCACACGAUUGGUAAAUGCUGAAUUCAGCGGCUCAUCCAACAGACAAAAUCAGCCUGAUAACAGUAGUUCCUCCAUGCAGAAGGGUGCUAGUUCUUCAGAGGACAUUCGACCAGAUACAUCCUCUCUGUCAGCUUCUAGACCUUCCAUUGGUAAUGCCAGAGCUACCUCCGAUGCUUAUGAAUCUGAGGUGUCAAAUAGUAAGAAAAGUUCUGUAAUAGAAGCUACACCUUCAGGAUUGACAUUAAGUAAGAACUCAGACAAAUUGACUUCUAGCCAUAGCCCAGUAACACCUCCAGAGUCAUCAACCACUGAUGACCCAGGUCAGCCUCGCUUUCCAAGUUCCUCCCAGGUUAACUAUCAAGUACCAAAUCAGUUUCGCUAUUCUGCAUUGUCUAUUUUAAAUAUUGGGGGUACACAGCCAGGGAUAGCCCAUCCUAUGCCACAUCAGAAUCAAUCUCUUCAUGUACCUCCUACACACCCAAUCCAAACUAGUAGCCCCUCUCCUGGACCUGGUGUAGUUAAACAAGUGACUGGUUAUCGUGAUAAAGAACCCCAACCGUUACUUUCCUCCAAGUAUGAAACUCUAUCGGACAGUGAUUAAAAACUUAAAUCUGUAAAGUUACCACAUUAGUACAGUAUAAUGUUCUAGUAGAUGUUUGUAAUGUAGAUAUUUUAAGUUGUAUCCUACAGUGGGCCCUUUAUAUAAGAUAUAAGAUAUUUUAAAAAUCUGUUAACACCCUUUAGUUGUUACUUCUUAUGUUGAUAUAUUUUGUUUACAUUAAAUUUCAUAAUUAUGCUGACUAUUCAAUUUCCCAAUGUAUACUGCUUAUGUAAGUCUUUAAGCUUAUUAUAUCUUUGGGAUUUGUAUAAUUUGCAAUUUAAAGAAAAGUUGCCCAUGAAAAUUGUUCUACGUCAUAAGAGUAGUAUAUGAAGAUUAGUAUUGUAAACAUUCUUUGUAGAAUUUGUUUCAUGAUUAGAGUAAAAACAUUUCAUCUGGAUAAAUGAGAAUUCAAUAAUUUUGAAUAUAUCAAUUCUGUACUGACACAUUUUGAGUAUCACAAUUACCCUUUGACAUUUACUUUUUGACAUUAAUUUUGUGUGUGAGGUAUGUAUUUGUACUCUUUCUUUGUUAAUCUUAAAUAUAUAUAUGAUAGCAAAGAGUUGGGUGUCUUGAACUGGGCACUCACUGCAUCGUACAACGGUCAUACGACCUGAACGGAUCGUCAUUAAAAAUUAUCCAUUACAUGCGUGGUGUUGAAUUCCUCAUAGAAUCGCGUUGGCCGCAAACCUUUGGGCGCAGUUAAUGUCCGGCUUAACAUUGAAAAUAUGAUAAUUUAAACGACUUUACUACCAAGUAAGUACUGGGAUUUACAAUUGUAACAUAGCUAAUGUAUGUUUACUAUGUAAUGGGCUUCACCUUUAAAUUGUCCUUUUGGGAUUUACCACAGAAGAUUGGAAAAGAAAAAUCAUAGAAAUGACUGCUUCUGAGUCAUUGUAAAAUAGUGAAAGUAUGUUAAUUAUAUGAUGGUUUCACUCCAAAGUCAUCCUGUAGGGAUCUGCUAUUACAGAAAAAGAAUGUGAUGUAUGAUAAAGAUGAGGUAGGUUGAUAAUGUUGGACAUUUAGAUACUUGUAUUGAUUAUACUGUAGGUGCUUAACUGAUUCAGAUGUGCAGGGUGUUACUCAUGUCUUUAGACAGUUGUUAAUGUGUAAAAUAAAUCUGUAUAUAAGUAAUGUUUAUAUCAUGUAUAAGGUAACCAUUUCCUACAAUUAUAAAAAAAAAAAUGAAAUGCUUAAACAUAUUGAAAAUUCAAAGUUUAUUUUGCAUCGCAUGAAAAUGUGACAUUAAUCCUCUAUAGAUAUUUUGUUUCUCAUAUGUGAGAUCUUGCACUUAAGUGGCAACUGUUUGCUUCUAAAUCAAGUGUUUCUUUUAGUUUAAAGCGAGAUCUUGGAAUAUUUUAGCAACUGUUAACUACAGUGUUUUUUACACUAGUUAAGCAAAUGUUAUACCAAGUAUUUCCUUUAGUGUAAACUAAGAUCUUGGACUGUUGAACCAAGUGUUUCAUUGCAGCAGUACAUUUUUAGUCAAUUUUGUUGUUGCUGAAGCAUGCACCUCAGGAGUUUACAUGUUUUGUAACUUGCUGUUAUAUGUAAUGCAUAUGUUGAAUAAAACAUCACAUUUGACAUAA